ACCGUUUUCUCCGCCGUGUCAUUUUGUCAUCAUCUUCCCUUUUCCUGUCUUACCCCGUCCAAUUCAACAAACUUGAAGGUCAAUUUCGUAAUUUGAAACUUCCCUCUGUAAAAGUCACGUGACAUCUGCACUGUCUCAUUCAUAUCAGUCUUUCUUUUCUGCUCUGAUUAUAGUCCUCUUCAUUUAUUCAUCAGUUCAACUUUAUUAUGGUGCCACAUUGUGAAUGCACUUAUUACGACGUCGUUUUGAUGUUUGGUGUUUAGCCUGCUCCCUUAGCUCUCCAGAAUAUGUGCAUGAGUAUUUAGGUUUAUACAAAUAAUGAUAUAUAUGAUCUGUUGAGUGUAGAAAGAAAGAAAGAAAGAGAUGGGGGAUGAGUCAAUGCCAAUGCCAAUGCCAAAGUCACCACCUGGAUUAAUUCAAUUGUAUGCAAAUCGUCGUCACCAAGCUAAACUUCAGGUUUUAGAGAGGGAAAUUGGUUUCCUUCAGGAGGAAUUGCAGUCACUCGAUAAAGUUCAGCCUACUUCUGGGUGCUGCAAAGAAAUCAAUGACUUCAUUGCAACAAAACAAGAUCCCUUGAUAGCUGUAAAAAAUCUGAAGCCUAAUCAGUCAAACUCUUCGUGUUUGUGUUCGUGUUUGUGUAUGAGAAUUAGUGGAUGCUGUCGAUCAAAGAACAAACAACAGCAGCAGGCACGAAAAACCCGGUGCAGCGCGAGCUCAAGGGAGAGUUGUUGCUGUCCUAAAUGUUGUGCUAUAAAAGGGUGUUCAUGCUUUAAACAAAAUUGCUGCUCUUUUAAGUUUUGCUCUAUGAAUUGUUGUAAGGUAAAGCUUUGUCCCAAUUGUGUGAAAUGUUGUUGUGCUUCCUGCUGCUAUUGAACAAUUAAUGGGCCUUUAAUUUUGUUUCAUGCAUAUUUCUAAGUUAAUUGUUGUAGGGCCAUUAUUUGUAUCCCUUAGUAGAUAUCUCAAAGGGAUUGCAACAUUUUUGUGUGACCCCCUCCAUUAUGUAGAUUAUUGAGUCUACUUUUUUCCGUUUCUUAGUUCAAUUUUACUAUAUGUAUUACGCUGGUUGACGCUCUAAAAUAUGUUAUAUGCUCUAAUACACCCCCCUCAUAUGAGAGGGCUUGAAUUUAAGAGGUGGUUUGAGAUUCGAACUCAUAUCCUCUUGUCACGUUAGCUUCUGAUACUAUGUCAAGGAACCAACUCAAUCAAAAGCUUAAGCUGAUAGUGGAGGCUUCAGGAUAUGUUAUAUACUCUAACAUACAAUUUGCGUCUCUUGUAGGUGAUUCAAUUUAGUUUGGGUUUUAUAUUAAUGCACUCAAACUCAAUAUAAUUUAGUUCUUUUCAUCACUGACUGUUGAAAUGUGACUCUUCCUCUUGAUUGUAUGAUAUUUGAGUAUAUUGGUAUGGAGUGUGGGAGAAUGACUUGUAGCAUGAACAAGGUGGAGUGAAUGAUGGUGCAAAGCAUGAUGUGAAACUUGGUAAGAAAGGAACUUAGGUAUCUGUGAAGGUUGUUGCAUAAGAAG